CAGUAUGUCACUAGGAUGGGAUUUGAGCCUUUUGCCUACAGAGGCCUGGAGACUGGUAGCCGUCAAGUGGCAUCACACGUUGUCAUGCAGAAUAAGAUUCUGUUUGAGUUUAAAAACAUGCUGAAUCCACAUGACCCAAAAGCUCUACUGUUUUUCGACAAAACCCAAGGUAUUGUCACAGAGUAUGAGAAGAAUCUCCGUUUCUGUUCCGUGGACGACUCCCAGGUACAAACAGAGUACUCCUCCCUAUGCUCCAUUGUCGUCUCCAACUUCGAAGAGACCAUCAUGCCCAUCAACGAGCCUGCAGUUGGUAAACGCAAGAGCCAGAUUCAGGAAUAUGUGGACUACUAUGGUGGUGCAGGUGUGCAGCACAUUGCUCUGAACACUGACAACGUCAUCCAUGCUGUGUCCAACUUGAGGGCCCGAGGCCAGGAGUUCCUUUCGAUCCAAAAGACAUACUACAUUAAUCUGAUGGAGAGGCUGAAAUCCUCACCAGUGAAAGUUACGGAAGAUCUAGACAAGCUUGAGAAGCUGCACAUCCUGGUGGACUAUGAUGACAAUGGCUACAUGCUGGAGAUCUUCACCAAACCCAUGCAGGACCAACCCACUCUCUUCCUCGAGGUAAUACAGAGGGAAAACAACUAUGGUUUUGGGGUCGGUAAUUUUAAAUCGUUGUUUGAAGCUAUCGAGAUAGAUCAAGCUGAACGAGGCAAUCUGUAACCGAGCAUUUAUCACCUUCCCUUGGAUAUGAUGACUAGAAAUUCAACAUUGACUUUACAUAAAGCUUACAUAAUUUAUGCAGACUGUAAAAUUAAGUUACACUUUAUGUGUUUAUUUCAAAUUGAUAGAAAACGUUAAUAAUUAUUUCCUUUAUAAAAAUGGAACAAGGUUUGGUUGUAGAUGCAUAUUUUUAGAAAGGUUUGUUAAAACAUUGACCUGAUAUUUGCUCAAAAUUAUCUGUCGCUUUGAUUCAGUUAAUUUUAAAGCAACUUAAAUACAUAUCCAUGUUGGUGCUCUGUUAUGAAUUAAUGUUGAUAUUGUAUACACUUAAAUGUUAUUGGUAAAAAUGUUAAUAUUAUGUAUAAGCCUGAUUUAACUUGUAAAUUAUUAAAGACAUACAUCUGGCAUUGGGUGAAGGUUGUAAACGCUAUUCAUAUUGUUGACCAUAAUACCUUGUGAG